AUGAACAAGUCCUCCUUGCGCUCCGGUGAGUACGCCUCCAUGUGCCUUUCCCCUCUCCUCUAUCGCACCCUCUAACCCUAACCCUCACUUUAGAUAAAGAAGGGAAUGGAGACUGUUACUUUGGGUGUGUUCUGGCUGUAGUUGUUUAAAUCCUUCGGGGCUGGGUGAGGGUUAGUGUUAGUGACGGGACGGGGAGGGCAGGGAGAGGGCAAGGAAGAGAGAGAAGGAGAGGGAGGUGAGACUUGGUGAGAGAGGCCAGGUGCAGCGGGUUGCUGAUCCCACCAUCUGCCGGCAUGUAGACUCAGACCUGUUACCGUGGUGACCAAGACACCUGUUAUGGUGGUGUUUUUAAUUAAAGCUGUAUUAAUAGAUAUAUGUCUGGAAACAUCCAGACCCUACAGGGACACAGGGUUAGCUAGAGCACAGGGACACGGGGUUAGCUAGAGCACAGGGACACAGGGUUAGCUAGAGCACAGGGACACAGGGUUAGCUAGAGCACAGGGACACAGGGUUAGCUAGAGCACAGGGACACAGGGUUAGCUAGAGCACAGGGACACAGGGUUAGCUAGAGCACAGGGACACAGGGUUAGCUAGAGCACAGGGACACGGGGUUAGCUAGAGCACAGGGACACGGGGUUAGCUAGAGCACAGGGACACGGGGUUAGCUAGAGCACAGGGACACGGGGUUAGCUAGAGCAGGGUUAGCUAGAGCAGGGUUAGCUAGAGCACAGGGACACAGGGUUAGCUAGAGCACAGGGACACAGGGUUAGCUAGAGCACAGGGACACAGGGUUAGCUAGAGCACAAUACUGCUCCGUUAAACACCUUUAUACAACAUCAAGGUUAGUAGUAUUAGGCCUCUAUCCAAUCAGAUCCGCUUUAGUCAACAUCCGCAUAGCGGUGGUUAUGGCAGUGUUAGAGCUGUCAAAUCCACAAGUGGCUCCCAGCAUUAUACUUAACACAACAUUGCCAUUGGCUGCACAGAGUCACAUUGACAGAAAUCCCAUGCAGCCUUGUUGACAAGUUUUAGCACUGGAAUGUUUGAUGUAAUCUACACCUCCAUUAGGCUGAUAGAAAUCCUCAUUAUUUAGUUGAAUGAUUUUCAAUUUGCGUGUAAUUAUUUCUAGAUAGCCUACACUUUCUCAUUCUGAACUUCUAACAGGAGUGGAAUGGAUGUGGCUUGACAAUAAUUGCAAGAGCAGCUCCUCACCGAUUUCACAGCUCCAACGCAGGCCCCAAAACAUCCGCUAUGCAGGUGUCUGCUAUCACCGGUUAAUGCUUGGUCUGAUUGAAUCUAUGCCUUAGUGUCUUUCAGGUGUUGAUCUAGAAUAUUCUAGAGUCCUGGACUCAUGGCUGCUGUCACAGAUUACUGUAACUAUUAUUGACCAUGAGCAGGGUUCCCUCUCUGUUAUUAGCAACAGGAUGUGUGUGAGUUAAUAUUAUUGACCAUGAGCAGGGUUCCCUCUCUGUUAAUAGCAACAGGAUGUGUGUGAGUUAAUAUUAUUGACCAUGAGCAGGGUUCCCUCUCUGUUAAUAGCAACAGGAUGUGUGUGAGUUAAUAUUAUUGACCAUGAGCAGGGUUCCCUCUCUGUUAAUAGCAACAGGAUGUGUGUGAGUUAAUAUUAUUGACCAUGAGCAGGGUUCCCUCUCUGUUAAUAGCAACAGGAUGUGUGUGAGUUAAUAUUAUUGACCAUGAGCAGGGUUCCCUCUCUGUUAAUAGCAACAGGAUGUGUGUGAGUUAAUAUUAUUGACCAUGAGCAGGGUUCCCUCUCUGUUAAUAGCAACAGGAUGUGUGUGAGUUAAUAUUAUUGACCAUGAGCAGGGUUCCCUCUCUGUGUGAGUUAAUAUUAUUGACCAUGAGCAGGGUUCCCUCUCUGUGUGAGUUAAUAUUAUUGACCAUGAGCAGGGUUCCCUCUCUGUGUGAGUUAAUAUUAUUGACCAUGAGCAGGGUUCCCUCUCUGUGUGAGUUAAUAUAUUGACCAUGAGCAGGGUUCCCUCUCUGUGUGAGUUAAUAUUAUUGACCAUGAGCAGGGUUCCCUCUCUGUGUGAGUUAAUAUUAUUGACCAUGAGCAGGGUUCCCUCUCUGUGUGAGUUAAUCUUCUUUAUUCCAAGAGACUGCUGCUCUCUGCCCCUCUAAUACAAGGACACAACCUCUGCUCUGCUGUGUGACGACAUGUCUGGGUGUGCGUGCAUUUGUGUACUUGUGUGUGGUUGUCCGUGCAUGUGUUUGGUAAAGAGUUAAAACUCCUGCUGUGACAAUUAGUUAACUUCCCCUGAGGCAGAGGGUAAAGACGCUUAUAGGUUAUAACGCACAAAAACACACACACACACGCACACACACAAGCACACACCCACACUAAUCCACACACAGCAACUCUAAACACAUUUUCCUAUUUGCUGUUUGUUGACCCAUCUCUACUAUUGGCUGUUUUUUGACCCAUCUCAAACCUUAGUUAAGAGGAUAUGUGUGUUCACAGAGUGUGUGUGUUCCGGUUGGGUGGAUAUAGUUAGAGCUGGUUCCCUAUUGGGUAGAUAGAAUUAGAGCUGGCUGGUUUCCUGUUGGGUGGAUAUAGUUUGAGCUGGUUUCCUGUUGGGUGGAUAGAGUUAGAGCUGGUUUCCUGUUGGGUGGAUUUAGUUAGAGCUGGUUGGUUUCCUGUUCGGUGGAUAGAGUUAGAGCUGGUUUCCUGUUGGGUGGAUAGAGUUAGAGCUGGUUGGUUUCCUGUUGGGUGGAUAUAGUUAGAGCUGGUUGGUUUCCUGUUGGGUGGAUAGAUUUAGAGCUGGUUUCCUGUUGGGUGGAUAUAGUUAGAGCUGGUUUCCUGAUGGGUGAAUAGAGUUAGAGCUGGUUUCCUGUUGGGUGGAUAGAUUUAGAGCUGGUUUCCUAUUGGGUGGAUAUAGUUAGAGCUGGUUUCCUGUUGGGUGGAUAUAGUUAGAGCUGGUUUCCUGUUGGGUGGAUAUAGUUAGAGCUGGUUUCAAAUUGGGUGGAUAUAGUUAGAGCUGGUUUCCUGUUGGGUGGAUAGAGUUAGAGCUGGUUUCCUGUUGGGUGAAUAGAGUUAGAGCUGGUUCCUGUUGGGUGGAUAGAUUUAGAGCUGGUUUCCUGUUGGGUGAAUAGAGUUAGAGCUGGUUUCCUGUUGGGUGAAUAGAGUUAGAGCUGGUUUCCUGUUGGGUGGAUAGAGUUAGAGCUGGUUUCCUGUUGGGUGAAUAGAGUUAGAGCUGGUUUCCUGUUGGGUGGAUAUAGUUAGAGCUGGUUUCCUGUUGGGUGAAUAGAGUUAGAGCUGGUUUCCUGUUGGGUGAAUAGAGUUAGAGCUGGUUUCCUGUUGGGUGGAUAGAGUUAGAGCUGGUUUCCUGUUGGGUGAAUAGAGUUAGAGCUGGCUUCCUGUUGGGUGGAUAUAGUUAGAGCUGGUUUCCUGUUGGGUGAAUAGAGUUAGAGCUGGUUUCCUGUUGGGUGGAUAUAGUUAGAGCUGGUUUCCUGUUGGGUGGAUAGAGUUAGAGCUGGUUUCCUGUUGGGUGAAUAGAGUUAGAGCUGGUUUCCUGUUGGGUGGAUAUAGUUAGAGCUGGUUUCCUGUUGGGUGGAUAGAGUUAGAGCUGGUUUCCUGUUGGGUGGAUAUAGUUAGAGCUGGUUUCCUGUUGGGUGGAUAGAGUUAGAGCUGGUUUCCUGUUGGGUGGAUAGAUUUAGAGCUGGUUUCCUGUUGGGUGGAUAUAGUUAGAGCUGGUUUCCUGUUGGGUGGAUAUAGUUAGAGCUGGUUUCCUGUUGGGUGGAUAUAGUUAGAGCUGGUUUCCUGUUGGGUGGAUAUAGUUAGAGCUGGUUUCCUGUUGGGUGGAUAUAGUUAGAGCUGGUUUCCUGUUGGGUGGAUAUAGUUAGAGCUGGUUUCCUGUUGGGUGGAUAGAGUUAGAGCUGGUUUCCUGUUGGGUGGAUAUAGUUAGAGCUGGUUUUCUGUUGGGUGGAUAGAUUUAGAGCUGGUUUCCUGUUGGGUGGAUAUAGUUAGAGCUGGUUUCCUGUUGAGUGAUAAUUUAGAGCUGGUUUCCUUUGGGGUGGAUAUAGUUAGAGCUGGUUUCCUGUUGGGUGGAUAUAGUUAGAGCUGGUUUCCUGUUGGGUGGAUAUAGUUAGAGCGGUUCCUGUUGGUGGUUUCCUGUUGGGUGAAUAGGUUAGAGCUGGUUUCCUGUUGGGUGGAAGAGAGUUUAGAGCUCGUUCCUGUUGGGUGGAUAGAGUUAGAGCUGGUUUCCUGUUGGGUGGAUAGAGUUAGAGCUGGGGUUUCCUGUUUGCGGCUGGAUGAGUUAGAGAUGGCUGGUUUCCUGUUUGGGUGGAUAAGUUAGAUCUGUCUGGUUUCCUGUUUGGAUUUAGCUGGUUUUUCCUGUGUGUGGAUAGAUUUAGAGCUGGUUUCCUGUUUGGGUGGAUAGAUUUUAGAGCUGUGGUUUCCGUGUUGGGUGGAUAGAGUUAAACGCUGUUUUUCAUGUUUGGGUGGUAUAUUGUUAGAGCUGGUUUCCUGUUGGGUGGAUAUAGUUAGAGCUGGUUUCCUGUUGGGUGGAUAUAGUUAGAGUCAUGGUUUCCUUUGGUGGAUAUAGUUACGAAGCUGGUUUCCUUUUGGGUGGAUAGAGUUUAGGAGCUGGUUUUCCUGUUGGGUGAAUAGAGUUAGAGCUGUUUCCUGUUGGUUGGGAUAGAUUUAGAGCAUAUUUCCUGUUGGGUGGAUAGAGUUAGAGCUGGUUUCCUGUUGGGUGGAUAGAUUUAGAGCUGGUUUCCUGUUAGGUGGAUAGAGUUAGAGCUGGUUUCCUGUUGGGUGAAUAGAGUUAGAGCUGGUUUCCUGUUGGGUGGAUAUAGUUAGAGCUGGUUUCCUGUUGGGUGAAUAGAGUUAGAGCUGGUUUCCUGUUGGGUGGAUAGAUUUAGAGCUCGUUUCCUGUUGGGUGGAUAGAGUUAGAGCUGGUUUCCUGUUGGGUGGGUAGAGUUAGAGCUGGCUGGUUUCCUGUUGGGUGGAUAGAGUUAGAGCUGGCUGGUUUCCUGUUGGGUGGAUAGAUUUAGAGCUGGUUUCCUGUUGGGUGGAUAGAUUUAGAGCUGGUUUCCUGUUGGGUGGAUAGAGUUAAAGCUGUUUUCAUGUUGGGUGGAUAUAGUUAGAGCUGGUUUCCUGUUGGGUGGAUAUAGUUAGAGCUGGUUUCCUGUUGGGUGGAUAUAGUUAGAGCAGGUUUCCUUUUGGGUGGAUAUAGUUAUAGCUGGUUUCCUUUUGGGUGGAUAGAGUUAGAGCUGGUUUCCUGUUGGGUGAAUAGAGUUAGAGCUGUUUUCCUGUUGGUUGGAUAGAUUUAGAGCUUAUUUCCUGUUGGGUGGAUAGAGUUAGAGCUGGUUUCCUGUUGGGUGGAUAGAUUUAGAGCUGGUUUCCUGUUAGGUGGAUAGAGUUAGAGCUGGUUUCCUGUUGGGUGAAUAGAGUUAGAGCUGGUUUCCUGUUGGGCUGAUCGAGUUAGAGCUGGUUUCCUGUUGGGUGGAUAUAGUUAGAGCUGGUUUCCUGUUGGGUGAAUAGAGUUAGAGCUGGUUUCCUGUUGGGUGAAUAGAGUUAGAGCUGGUUUACUGUUGGGUGGAUAGAUUUAGAGCUGGUUUCCUGUUGGGUGGAUAGAUUUAGAGCUGGUUUCCUGUUGGGUGGAUAGAGUUAGAGCUGGUUCCCUGUUGGGUGGAUAGAGUUAGAGCUGGUUCCCUGUUGGGUGGAUAGAUUUAGAGCUGGUUUCCUGUUGGGUCCGUUACAAGACCAUGGUGCUUGCCUAUGGAGCAGUGAGGGGAACGGCACCUCCGUACCUUCAGGCUCUGAUCAGUCCCUACACCCAGGCGAGGGCAUUGCGUUCAUCCACCUCUGGCCUGCUGGCUCCCCUUCCUCUGCGGAAGCAUAGUUCCCGCUCAGCCCAGUCAAAGCUGUUCGCUGCUCUGGCACCCCAAUGGUGGAACAAGCUCCCUCACGACGCCAGGACAGCGGAGUCACUCACCACCUUUCGGAGACAUUUGAAACCCCACCUCUUUAAGGAACACCUGGGAUAGGAUAGAGUAAUCCUUCUACCCCCCCCCCCCCCCCAAAAAAGAAAAAAAAAGAAAGUAUAAUUGUAAAGUGGUUAUCCCACUGGCUAUAGGGUGAAUGCACCAAUUUGUAGUCGCUCUGGAUAAGAGCGUCUGCUAAAUGACGUAAAUGUGCCCUUGAGCAAGGCACUUAACCCUAAUUGCUCCUGUGAGUCGCUCUGGAUAAGAACGUCUGCUAAAUGACUAAAAUGUAAAUGUAAAUGGGUGGAUAGAUUUAGAGCUGGUUUCCUGUUGGGUGGAUAUAGUUAGAGCUGGUUUCCUGUUGGGUGGAUAGAUUUAGAGCUGGUUUCCUGUUGGGUGGAUAGAUUUAGAGCUGGUUUCCUGUUGGGUGGAUAGAUUUAGAGCUGGUUUCCUGUUGGGUGGAUAGAUUUAAAGCUGGUUUCCAUUUGGGUGGAUAUAGUUAGAGCUGGUUUCCUGUUGGGUGGAUAGAGUUAGAGCUGGCUGGUUUCCUGUUGGGUGGAUAUAGUUAGAGCUGGUUUCCUGUUGGGUGGAUAGAUUUAGAGCUGGUUUCCUGUUGGGUGGAUAGAUUUAGAGCUGGUUUCCUGUUGGGUGGAUAGAUUUAAAGCUGGUUUCCAUUUGGGUGGAUAUAGUUAGAGCUGGUUUCCUGUUGGGUGGAUAGAGUUAGAGCUGGCUGGUUUCCUGUUGGGUGGAUAUAGUUAGAGCUGGUUUCCUGUUGGGUGGAUAGAUUUAGAGCUGGUUUCCUGUUGGGUGGAUAUAGUUAGAGCUGGUUUCCUGUUGGGUGGAUAUAGUUAGAGCUGGUUUCCUGUUGGGUGGAUAGAUUUAGAGCUGGUUUCCUGUUGGGUGGAUAGAUUUAGAGCUGGUUUCCUGUUGGGUGGAUAUAGUUAGAGCUUGUUUCCUGUUGGGUGGAUAGAGUUAGAGCUGGCUGGUUUCCUGUUGGGUGGAUAUAGUUAGAGCUGGUUUCCUGUUGGGUGGAUAGAGUUAGAGCUGGUUUCCAUUUGGGUGGAUAGAGUUAGAGCUGGUUUCCUGUUGGGUGGAUAUAGUUAGAGCUGGUUUCCUGUUGGGUGGAUAGAGUUAGAGCUGGUUUUCUGUUGGAUGAAUAGAGUUAGAGCUGGUUUGUUUCCUGUUGGGUUGAUAUAGUUAGAGCUGGUUUCCUGUUGGUUGGAUAUAGUUAGAGCUGGUUUCCUGUUGGACGAAUAGAGUUAAAGCUGGUUUUCUGUUGGGUGGAUAGAGUUAGAGCUGGUUUCCUGUUCGGUGGAUAGAGUUAGAGCUGGUUUCCUGUUGGAUGGAUAUAGUUAGAGCUGGUUGGUUUCCUGUUGGGUGGAUAUAGUUAGAGCUGGUUGGUUUCCUGUUUGGUGGAUAUAGUUAGAGCUGGUUUCCUGUUGGUUGGAUAUAGUUAGAGCUGGUUUCCUGUUGGACGAAUAGAGUUAAAGCUGGUUUUCUGUUGGGUGGAUAGAGUUAGAGCUGGUUUCCUGUUCGGUGGAUAGAGUUAGAGCUGGUUUCCUGUUGGAUGGAUAUAGUUAGAGCUGGUUGGUUUCCUGUUGGGUGGAUAUAGUUAGAGCUGGUUGGUUUCCUGUUUGGUGGAUAUAGUUAGAGCUGGUUUCCUGUUGGGUGGAUAGAGUUAGAGCUGGUUUCCUGUUGGGUGGAUAUAGUUAGAUCUGGUUUCCUGUUGGGUGGAUAUAGUUAGAGCUGGUUUCCUGUUGGGUGGAUAGAGUUAGAGCUGGUUUCCUGUUGGGUGGAUAGAGUUAGAGCUUGUUUCCUGUUGGGUGGAUAGAGUUAGAGCUGGCUGGUUUCCUGUUGGGUGGAUAUAGUUAGAGCUGGUUUCCUGUUGGGUGGAUAGAGUUAGAGCUGGUUUCCAUUUGGGUGGAUAGAGUUAGAGCUGGUUUCCUGUUGGGUGGAUAUAGUUCGAGCUGACUGGUUUCCUGUUUGGUGGAUAUAGUUAGAGCUGGUUUCCUGUUGGGUGGAUAGAGUUAGAGCUGGUUUCCUGUUGGGUGGAUAGAAUUAGAGCUGGUUUCCUGUUGGGUGGAUGUAGUUAGAGCUGGUUUCCUGUUGGGUGGAUAGAAUUAGAGCUGGUUUCCUGUUGGGUGGAUAGAGUUAGAGCUGGUUUCCUGUUGGGUGGAUAUAGUUAGAGCUGGUUCCUGUUGGAUGGAGAGUCUUGGAGCUGCUUACCUUUUGGGUGGUUUGAUGUAGAACUGCUUUCCUGUUGGGUGGAUAGAGAUAGAGUUUUAUUUUUUAAGGCCAGUUGAGAACAAGUUCUCAUUUACAACUGCGACCUGGCCAAGAUAAAGCAAAGCAGUGCGAUUAAAAACAACAACAACACAGAGUUACAUAUGGAAUAAACAAAACGUACAGUCAAUAAAACAAUAGAAAAUCUAUAUACAGUGUGUGCAAAUGUAGUAAGCUAUGGAGGUAAGCAGUGGCGGCUCCUGAAAAAAUUCUCAGGGGGGGCAAUUUUUCUGAUGAUUUAGGUGACCUACACACAUUUUUAAAAAGAUAUGUCCAGCAACAACAUGAAGACAGGGGCAGCAUAUAAGUCAAUACCAGAAGCAUUUAUUGACUGAUCUCAAAAGUGUUGGCUUACAAAAUCAAAAUAAGUUAUCACAGUAAAAAUAAUCAAGGGUGUUCUUUCACAUUCCUCAACACUGCAUAAACAAUAUGCAUUUCCAUAAACAAAUGAAAUAUCAGCUGAAAAUACAGCAUCUUGGUAUUUGUUCAGAUUGCAGGAUCAACAAGAGCUUUUACCACAUUUUUUGCCUCAUGGUUGAAUUGGAAAUAUGUGCACCUGAGCAUAAUUCACAACAAGCAAGCAGGAGCUUUUGAUAGAGGCUACUGAAAACAUUGAUGCAAGUUAUUGGUAAUAAGACAUUUUUAUAGACUUCCAUAUUCUGCCCUCUUGUAUAGAUUUGUGAAAAUGAACAGUGAUAGACAUUUUGCCUGAAAACAGAAUUUGAAAGUAAUUUCUAGAAAAGGUAAACACAGCUAUCUGUAUGGCUUUGUAAAAAUUAACAACCAUAUUCUGGCCAAUUGUAUAGAUUUGUAAAUAUGAACAACCAUAUUCUGGCCAAUUGUAUAGAUUUGUAAAAAUGAACAUUGAGAAAGAUCGAAUGAUAUUGUUUAAUCUUACCUUAUGGCCUGCACACUGCUUGUGAAGCUGUCGAGGGCACGUUUGAUAAAGACAAAAAUCGAUGUCCUUCUUCUGUAGCUUCUGGUACAGAAUGUCGACGUGGGGCAUGAUUUUGUGAAAAAGCCGCAGGAAAAAAAUAAAAUCUUCAUCAUGUAGCAUCCUCACGUAGCCAGUCAAAUGAACCCAAUGAACCCGUCCGAAUGGCUUCAAAACAUUCUAUGAGGUCGUCUCGAUUCUCGUAGACAGUUUUCACGACUCUGCUUAGUAGAAACCUGUUGAAUUAUUACAUUUGGUCUGGGAGGUCCUAAUUGUUUCGUUGCCAAUUUAUCUUGAUUUGUUCACCGACAAAAAGGAACUUAUUUCAAAGAGACAAUCGCGUUGCACUGAAGGCUAGCCAUUUUGACGGUAAUAGUGAAUUGAUUGAUGAGGCUACCCGCUCUUUUCUUAGUUACGUUCAUGGUUAUGUUACGUAUGACGAAAGCGCGUAAGUGCAAGCCCUCAGAAACCCAUAGAGAUUGUAUUGAAAGCUCUGAUAUUUGAAAAAAAUUGAUUUUACAUUAGAGGCUAUGAGAGACUUCUGGGCGAUUUUCAACCUGACUGAAAUCGCCCCAAAACGGGCGGGGACAUUUGAAGCACAACUUUAGCCUGAUUGGACAUUUAGUGGCAGAUCAGACGUCUAGAUUAGAACACUGAUAACUACUGUUGCCGUGAUAUAAUUGAUUAGAAAAAAAAUCCCUUCCUUUUCCCGUUUGGCAGUGCGUCGCCCAUAUCGCCCUAAUGAACACACCGCCCCUGGAGGUAAGGCAAUAAAAAGGUCAUAGUGCAAAAUAAUUACAAUUUAGUGUGUGUGCAAAUAGAGAUACUGGGUGCAAAUGAGCAAAAUAAAAAACAAUGUAAAUAACAAUAUGGGGAUGAGGUAGUUGGGUGGGCUAAUUACAGAUGGGCUGUGUACAGGUGCAGUGAUCGGUAAGCUGCUCUGACAACUGAUGCUUAAAUGUAGUGAGGGAGAUAAGGGUCUCCAGCUUCAGAGAUUUUUGCAGUUCGUCCCAGUCAUUUGCAGCAGAGAACUGGAAGGAAUGGCGGCCAAAGGAGGUGUUGGCUUUAGGGAUGACCAGUGAGACAUACCUGCUGGAACACAUACUACAGGUGGGUGUUGCUAUGGUGACCAAUGAUCUAAGCUAAGUCAGGGAUUUGCCUCGAAGUGAUUUAUAGAUGGCCUGGAGCCAGUGGGUUUGGCGACGAAUAUGUAGUGAGGGCCAGCCAACGAGAGCGUACAGGUCACAAUGAUGGGUAGUAUAUGGGGCUUUGGUGACAAAACGGAUGGCACUGUGAUAUGCUUAAUGUGAGUCUGGAAGUAAAGUUUACGGUCUAACCAGACACCUAGGUAUUUGUAGUUGUCCACAUAUUCUAAGUCAAAAUAUUCUAUAUGGGGCUUUGGUGACAAAACAGAUGGCACUGUGAUAGACUACAUCCAAUUUGCUGAGUAGAGUGUUGGAAGCUAUUUUGUAAAUGACAUCGCCGAAGUCAAGGAUUGGUAGGACAGUCAGUUUUACGAGGGCAUGUUUAGCAGCAUGAGUGAGGAGGCUUUGUUGCGAAAUAGGAAGCCGAUUCUAGAUUUAACUUUGGAUUGGAGAUGCUUAAUGUGAGUCUGGAAGGAGAGUUUACGGUUUAACCAGACACCUAGGUAUUUGUAGUUGUCCACAUAUUCUAAGUCAGACCCACCGAGAGUAGUGAUUCUAGUCGAGCGAGCGGGUGCAAGCAGCAUUCGAUUGAAGAGCAUGCAUUUAAUUUUACUAGCGUUUAAGAGCAGUUGGAGGCCACGAAAGGAGUGUUGUAUGGCAUUGAAGCUCAUUUGGAGGUUUGUUAACACAGUGUCCAAUGAAGGGCCAGAUGUAUACAAAAUGGUGUUGUCUGCGUAGAGGUGGAUCUGAGAGUCACCAGCAGCAAGAGCGACAUCAUUGAUAUACACAGAGAAACCAAGGCUAUUUAGUCUGCCAAUAAGAAUGCGGUGAUUGACAGAGUCAAAAGCCUUGGCCAGGUUGAUGAACACGGCUGCACAGUGCUGUCUUUUAUCGAUCGCAGUUAUUGUAUCGUUUAGGACCUUGAGCGUGGCUGAGGUGCACCCAUGACCAGCUCGGAAACCAGAUUGCAUAGCGGAGAAGGUACGGUGGGAUUCGAAAUGCUCGGUGAUCUGUUAGUUAACUUGGCUUUCAAAUACUUUCGAAAGGCAGUGCUGGAUGGAAAUAGGUCUGUAACAGUUUGGAUCUAGAGUGUCACCCCCUUUGAAGAGGGGGAUGACCGCGGCAGCUUUCCAAUUUCUGGGGAUCUCAAAGAGAGGUUGAACAGACUAGUAAUAUGGGUUGCGACAAUUUCGGCGGCUAGUUUUAGAAAGAAAGGGUCCAGAUUGUCAAGCCCAGCUGAUUUGUAGGGGUCCAGAUUUUGCAGCUCUUUCAGGACAUCAGCUAUCUGAAUUUGGGUGAAGGAGAAGCGGGGGGGGGGGGGGGGGGGGGGCAUGGGCAAGUUGGUGGCCGGGGUAGGGGUAGCCAGGUGGAAAGCAUGGCCAGCCAUAGCAAAACGCUUCUUGAAAUUCUCGAUUAUCGUAGAUUUCGUAGAUUCUCGAUUAUCGGUGGUGACAGUGUUUCCUAGCCUCAGUGCAGUGGGUAGCUGGGAGGAGGUGCUCUUAUUCUCCAUGGACUUUACAGUGUCCCAAAACUUUUUUGAGUUAGUGCUACAGGAUGCAAAUUUCUGUUUGAAAAAGCUAGCCUUUGCUUUCCUAACUGAUUGUGUAUAUUGGUUCCUGACUUCCCUGAAAAGUUGCAUAUCGCGGGCGCUGUUCGAUACUAAUGCAGUACGCCACAGGAUGUUUUUGUGCUGGUCAAGAGCAGUCAAGUCUGGGGUGAACCAGGGGCUAUAUCUGUUCUUAGUUCUGAAUUUUUUGAAUGGGGCAUGCUUAUUUAAGAUGGAGAGGAAAGCACUUUUGAAGAACAACCAGGCAUCCUCUACUGACAUCAUGAGGUCAAUAUCCAUCCAGGAUACCUGGGCCAGGUCAAUUAGAAAGGCCUGCUCGCUGAAGUGUUUUAGGGAGCGUUUGACAGUGAUGAGGGGUGGUCGUUUGACCACGUACCCAUUACGGACGCAGGCAAUGAGGCAGUGAUCGCUGAGAUCCUGGUUGAAGACAGCGGAGGUGUAUUUAGAGGGUAUGUUAGUCAGGAUGAUAUUCAUGAGGGUACCCAUGUUUACAGAUUUAGGGUUGUACCGGGUAGGUUCCUUGAUAAUUUGUGUGAGAUUGAGGGCAUCUAGUUUAGAUUGUAGGAUGGCCGGGAUGUUAAGCAUAUCCCAGUUUAGGUCACCAAGCAGUACGAACUCUGAGGAUAGAUGGGGGCAAGCAAUUCACAUAGGGUGUCCAGGGCACAACUGGGGGCUGAGGGGGGUCUGUAGCAAGUGGCAACAGUGAGAGACUUAUUUCUAGAAAGGUGGAUUUUUAGAAGUAGAAGCUCAAACUGUUUGGGCACAGACCUGGAUAGUAUGAUAGAGCUCUGCAGGCUAUCUCUACAGUAUAUUACAACUCCGCCCCCUUUGGCAGUUCUAUCUAGUAGGAAAAUGUUGUAGUUCAGAAUGGACAUUUCUGAAUUUUUUGUGGCCUUCCUAAGCCAAGAUUCAGACACUGCUAGAACAUCAAGGUUGGCAGAGUGUGCUAACGCAGUGAAUAACUCAAAAUUGGGGAGGAGACGUCUGAUGUUAACAUGCAAGAAACCAAGGCUUUUAUGGUUACAGAAGUCAACAAAUGAUAGCGCCUGGGGGGUAGGAGUGAUGCUGGGGGCUACAGGGCCUGGGUUAACCUCUACAUCACCAGAGGAACAGAGGAGGACUAGAAUAAGGAUACGGCUAAAGGCUUUAAGAACUGGUCUUCUAGUGCGUUGGGUACAUAGAAUAAAGGGGGCAGGUUUCCGGGCGUUGAAGAAAAGAUUCAGGGCAUUAUGUACAGACAAGGAUAUGGAAGGAUAUGAGUACAGUGGAGGUAAACCUAAGCGUUGGGUAACAAUGAAAGAGAUAGCAUCACUGGAGGCACCGAUUGAGUCGGUCUCCGCUUGUAUGGGGGGUGGGACAAAGGAGCUCUCUGAGGCUGGUUGAGCUGAACUCUGGGCUCUACAGUGAAAUGGUAUAAUAAGAACUAACCCAAACAGCAAUAGGCUAGGCAUAUUGACAUGGGAGAGAGGCAUAAUGCAAUCACAGGUGUUAUUCGAUUAGAGCUGCUCAACUGGUUUCCUGUUGGGUGGUUAGAGUUAAACCUGGCUGGUUUCCUGUUGGUCGGUUAGAGUCAGAGCUGGUUACCUGUUGGUUGGACAGAAUUAAAAGCUGGCUGAUUGGUGGAUAGAGUCAGCUGGAUUUUGAACUGGUUUCUUUGUGAGUUAGAGCUGUUUUCCUGUUUAUUUUGUAUAUUUUCUUAGGGGUUAGGGUUAGGGUUAGGGUUUGGGGGGGGUUAGGGUUAGGUUGGGGGGGGGGGGGGGGGGGGGGGGGUAGAUCAGCUUUAAUAUUGCAGAUAGAUUGUAACUUCCAUCAAUGUAAUUGUCUGCAUCACUUCCAAUCCCCCAUGUUUUUUUUCUCUCGCAAAUAUAUAUAUAUACAUAACAAUAAUAUGCCAUUUAGCAGAUGCUUUUAUCCAAAGUGACUUACAGUCAUGUGUGCAUACUUUUUUGUGUAUGGGUGGUCCCGGGGAUCGAACCCACUACCCUUGGCGUUACAAGCGACGUGCUCUACCAGCUGAGCUACAGAGGACCACAUAUAUAUAAAUACAUAUAUAUACAUAUAUAUAAAUACAUAUACAUACAUAUAUAUACAUAUCCUUUAAAAAUAUAUAUUUCCCUUUAUUACUUUCCAACCCCACCACCCCUUCCAUAAUUGGAGUAAACUAGUGAACAACAAUGCUUAGGCCUCUACUUACAGCUUAUACAUACUGAACUUCCUCUACCCUCAACCUCUCCGAUAAUUUUCAUGAUGUCCAUCCGGUUUGCUUCUAUAUGCCAUAUCUCUCCAACUGUGCUCCUUCACAAAAGCUCUCAACCUAUAACCUAUAUACUCAUUAUGGACACAGCAUGCCCUACAUUAGUUAUCUUGCUGUUAUUAGUUGUUGUUAGUUGUUAUUAGUCCCAUCCUUCAGCUCCAUUCAACACCUCCCAUCUAUCUCUUAACACCAUCCAUAUUAGAUUUCUUUUUGCCAUGUGUUAGAGCCGAUUUGGGCAUAUUUUGUAUAAAAGACUGAACAUACUGAGCUCCAUGUACAUUUGUGUAAAUAUAUUAAAUAUUAAUGUAUAUGAUGAAAUAUUAGGUACGUACCUUUAUGAUUUAUUUACCGGAUUGAGAUAUAUUCAUUUGUUAUUAGUGUAACUUAGUUUUUUGGCCCCCCCUCUUGCCCAUUCAUUGUACUGUGUUAAUUGUGUUAGUAUAAAGGCAGGAAGUUGGGCCUUCGGGGGGAGGAGUCCUUGCUAGAUGCGGGAGCGGUAUAGUUUUUUGACCAUAUAGACAUACAGAAAUACAGACAGACAGGUCAUAUGAUAUUAUGUAUUUGCAUUUCAAGUAAUCUCUGCUUUAAGUUGAUUGGAGAAUACCUUUUUGUUAGAUAAGAAGAAUAAACAUUUUUGUUGCACUACAACCCUGGAUCUCAUUGAAUGUUUGGCCGUUUGGAAACGUUGAGUGUGGACUGUAUGCGUCCGAAACAACCCCGCUUCAGGCUAGGGCAGUGGCUAUGGUAAAGAGGAAAGGAAGCCACUACACCAUGUAUUUCUCAACUGUACUGUGAUGUUUCACAAAAGUUCUGAACCCUUCUUUUUACAUUGUUUCUACAGAUUGUAAAUUGAAAAUAAACAUUUUUGCUAAAAGUAUUAUUAUAUUAUUGAUCGAUUGCCUAUGACUUUUCAGAUCACCCAGUAGUGCUAUCUGCAGGGUUAGCUCCAAGUAAAGUUGAGGACCUGUGAGGCACCUGUUUCUCAAACUAGACACUCUAAUGUAUUUGUCCUCUUGCUCAGUUGUGCACCGGGGCCUCCCACUCCUCUUUCUAUUCUGGUUAGAGCCAGUUUGAGCUGUACUGUGAAGGGAGUAGUACACAGCGUUGUACGAGAUCUUCAGUUUCUCAGAACAAGAAUAGACUGACGAGUUUCAGAAGAAAGUUAUUUGUUUAUGGCCAUUUUGAGCCUGUAAUCGAACCCACAAUUGCUGAUGCUCCAGAUACUCAACUAGUCUCAAGAAGGCCAGUUUUAUUGCUUCUUUAAUCAGCACAACAGUUUUCAGCUGUGCUAACAUAAUUGCAAUAGGGUUUUCAAUUAGCCUUUUAAAAUUAUAAACUUUGAUUAGCAAACACAAUGUGCCAUUGGAACACAGGACUGAUGGUUGCUGAUAAUGGGCCUCUGUACGCCUAUGUAGAUAUUCCAUUAAAAAUCGCAGUUUCCAGCUACAAUAGCCAUUCCCAACAUUAACAAUGUCUACACUGUAUUUCUGAUCAAUUUGAUGUUAUUUUAAUGGAGGAAAAAACAAACAUUUUAUUUCGAAAGCAAGGAAAUGUCUUGCCCAUGCUUCAAUUUGCAUGCUCGACACAAGGUAGUAUGCAUUUUGGGAAACACCCAGGGUCACCCUUUUCCCAAGAUGCAAUUUCCAAUUGGCCUAAUGGUAAAUACAUUGGUUUCUCCACUUGGCCUAAUGGUAAAGAUGUGUUUCUAUGCAUGAGAGAGCAGGAUUUCGGUCCCAACUGAGACACAGGGAUGGAUAACAAAAACAACAGUUCAGAUAUUGGCUGUCCUUCAACUGUUUGUGUGUGUGUGUGUGUGUCACCCUGACAGAGGCGUGGAACGGCACGGAGCGUAUGCGUGUUGCCACGGCGAUGGGUGAGUCAUCAUCUGUCCAAUCUGAGAAGCUUCGCUCUUUGGCUCGCUCGCUCUCUGAGAUGGGAUUGGAUAACGGAAAUCCCCCGGGCAGCGCGAAGCAGCCUACCACGGUACGACCUUUAACCCCUGACCUUUAACCUCUAGUCCCUGACCUCUAACAUCUAACCCCUGAUCUCUAACCCUUGACCUCUGACAUGUAUCUUCUGUUAGGAAAGAUUCCAUUGAUGUUUUACUAAAUGCUAGCCAUCUGUUUUUUCUGAAGAUGUUACUAACCGUUACUUGUUUCCUCUGUCCUUGUUUCCUCAUCUCCCUCUCAAAGCUAAUUAGAAGUGGAGGUUUAUUGGAGAGUCCUUGUAUCCUCUCCUCAAAUGCGCAUCGAGAGGGAGGAAUUGGAGGAAACCAGGACAGAGGAUACAAGGAUUUGACGGCUGAUAACUUUUUCAGACACAGCCUUAGUCAUAGUCUGUACAGUUAUCAUUCAGCUAUUAUUGAAACAGGUGUACUGUUAUCUUUUAUCUUUUAGGUUCUGUUCUAGUGUGGUCCCAGAUCUGGUUCUACUGUCUAGUCUGGUCCCAGACCUGGUUCUACUCUCUAGUGUGGUCCCAGAUCUGGUUCUACUGUCUAGUCUGGUCCCAGAUCUGGUUCUACUGUCUAGUCUGGUUCCAGAUCUGGUUCUACUGUCUAGUGUGGUCCAAGAUCUGGUUCUACUCUCUAGUGUGGUCCCAGAUCUGAUUCUACUGUCUAGUCUGGUCCCAGAUCUGGUUCUACUGUCUAGUCUGGUCCCAGAUCUGGUUCUACUCUCUAGUCUGGUCCCAGAUCUGGUUCUACUGUCUAGUCUGGUCCCAGAUCUGGUUCUACUCUCUAGUGUGGUCCCAGAUCUGGUUCUACUGUCUAGUCUGGUCCCAGAUCUGGUUCUACUCUCUAGUGUGGUCCCAGAUCUGGUUCUACUGUCUAGUCUGGUCCCAGAUCUCGUUCUACUCUCUAGUCUGGUCCCAGAUCUGGUUCUACUCUCUAGUCUGGUCCCAGAUCUGGUUCUACUGUCUAGUCUGGUCCCAGAUCUGGUUCUACUCUAUAGUCUGGUCCCAGAUCUGGUUCUACUGUCUAGUCUGGUCCCAGAUCUGGUUCUACUGUGAAGUCUGGUCCCAGAUCUGGUUCUACUGUCUAGUCUGGUCCCAGAUCUGGUUCUACUGUCUAGUGUGGUCCCAGAUCUGGUUCUACUGUCUAGUCUGGUCCCAGAUCUGGUUCUACUGUCUAGUCUGGUCCCAGAUCUGGUUCUACUCUCUAGUGUGGUCCCAGAUCUGGUUCUACUGUCUAGUCUGGUCCCAGAUCUGGUUCUACUGUCUAGUCUGGUCCCAGAUCUCGUUCUACUGUCUAGUGUGGUCCCAGAUCUGGUUCUACUGUCUAGUGUGGUCCCAGAUCUGGUUCUACUCUCUAGUGUGGUCCCAGAUCUGGUUCUACUGUCUAGUCUGGUCCCAGAUCUGGUUCUACUGUCUAGUCUGGUCCCAGAUCUGGUUCUACUCUCUAGUCUGUUCCCAGAUCUGGUUCUACUCUCUAGUGUGGUCCCAGAUCUGGUUCUACUGUCUAGUCUGGUCCCUGAUCUGGUUCUACUCUCUAGUGUGGUCCCAGAUCUGGUUCUACUGUCUAGUCUGGUCCCAGAUCUGGUUCUAAUGUCUAGUCUGGUCCCAGAUCUGGUUCUACUGUCUAGUGUGGUCCCAGAUCUGGUUCUACUCUCUAGUUUUGUCCCAGAUCUGGUUCUACUCUCUAGUCUGGUCUCAGAUCUGGUUCUACUCUCUAGUCUGGUCUCAGAUCUGGUUCUGCUCUCUUGACAACUCGUUAUGUAAUUGCCAUACCAAACAUGUUUGGAGUGACAUUAGUGACAAGGAGUUGGCAAGAGCGCAGAACCAGAUCUGGGAACAGGCUACCAGCACUCUGUCUUGCCACCCAAACACUGCCCUCUCACCCCUAACCCUAACCCUAGCCCAAGAAAACCUCAUUUGGUUGUGUGUGUGCAGGAGCCGUCCAUAGAGCUUGGUAAAGGGACGUUCUUUGCAGACGGCCAGAGGAAGGUGGACUAUAUUCUGUGCUAUCACUAUAAAAAGAGGAGGAUCUCCCAGCAUCGCCUCUCCCUCACCUCUCAAGCCUCCAAUGGGAGCCUUCCACUGCCCAGUGCGCUGAGACGUGAUUCGCAGCCUGAGCUGGAGGUGGGGCUGCAAGAGGGGGAGGAGUCUCACCUGAGUGAGGAAGAGAAAGCUAUGAUGAGGGAGGAGUUUGAGUCUGGGCUGUUGGAGCAGGGUCUGCAGCUGGAGAGAGACAAGGAG